UUAUAGUUAUAUAUUUUGUUGAUAGAAACUGUCCACAUAUUUCCACAAAAUAAUCUUUAGAUGUACACAGUUCACUCACAGCAACCGAGUCGGAACUCGAAACUUAAGGGGAAGGACACGCGGUUUGGAGGCCCAGAAGCCCAAACGUUGACGGAGAACAGGCCCAAAAAGUAUCGUCAACAAGUCAACUUUAUUCAGCGGUGUCUUCCUUCCUCGCUGCUUCUUUACCAUUUUCCCCAUCUUCUGCUACAAAUCCAAAUCCAGAGUUUCCAGAGACCUCAUCGCUUGUGUCUCUUCUCUAUCUCUCUCUUCUUUGCUCCUUCUCUCUUUCGUCAGUCUACCAAAUCCUCUUCUUUUCGUCCCCUCAAUCUUCCUCACUCCGCCGGUAAUCGCUUCAACCGCCAUGGAUCUAGCAGCGGAGGAGCUCCAAUUCCUCUCAAUCCCAGACAUUCUGAGGGAAUCAAUUUCGAUCCCGAAGCAAUCCCCCAAAACCUUCUACCUCAUAACCCUAACCCUAAUCUUCCCGCUCUCCUUCGCCAUCCUCGCCCACUCCCUCUUCACUCACCCAAUCCUUUCCCACCUCGAGAACCACCCCACCGACGAUCCGGCCACCACCCGCCACGAGUGGACCCUCCUCCUCGUCUUCCAGUUCUGCUACCUCAUCUUCCUCUUCGCCUUCUCCCUCCUCUCCACCGCCGCCGUCGUCUUCACCGUCGCCUCCCUCUACACCUCCAAGCCGGUCUCCUUCUCCUCCACCUUCUCCGCCAUCCCCAAGGUCCUCAAGCGCCUCUUCAUCACCUUCGUCUUCGUCGCCCUCCUCAUGCUCGCCUACAACACCGUCUUCCUCGUCUUCCUCGUAAUCUUCAUCAUCGCCAUCGACACCCAGAACCCUCUCCUCGUCCUCUUCUCCCUCAUCGUCAUCUUCAUCCUCUUCCUCGUGGUCCACGUCUACAUCACCGCCCUCUGGCACAUGGCCAGCGUCGUCUCCGUCCUCGAGCCCAUAUACGGCUUCGCCGCCAUGAAGAAGAGCUACGAGCUGCUCAAGGGGAAGGCCGGAGCUGCCGCGGUGCUCGUGUUUGGGUAUUUGGCCAUCUGUGGGGUGAUUGGGGGCAUCUUCGGAUCCGUGGUGGUUCACGGCGGAGAGGGUCACGGGGUGUUCACAAGGAUCGUCGUGGGUGGGUUCCUGGUUGGGGUUUUGGUGAUCGUGAAUCUGGUGGGUUUGCUGGUUCAGAGUGUGUUCUACUAUGUCUGCAAGAGCUACCAUCACCAGGGGAUCGACAAGAUGGCUUUGCAUGAUCAGCUCGGCGGGUACCUCGGAGAGUACGUGCCACUCAAGAGCAGCAUUCAGCUGGAGAACUUGGAUGCUUGAUGCGGGCGGGUGGCCAAUGUAAUUGACAAACAGGUAGACAACAAGAAACUGUCAUCUCCGUUUCAAGGCUCUUAUGUAUGUAGUAACUGGUGAAUAGAAUACCUGGGAAGUUAUUGCUUUCUUUGUGAACACGGAAGAGGUUAAGAAAAGUGGGGGAAAUCGUACAUUUUGCAGUAAGAACUUGGUUUUAAGUAAUCUUUGUAUCAUCCUUUGAUGUGCCCACCAAUGUUAAGAAAGCAUUUGUGUUGUUGUUGUUUGAUGCUUAAUGAAUAGCACUAGUAUUAUGAGUUGCAAGUAGUUGCCUGCUGUUCUUGAUGUCAGUUAAUGCAUAUUUUCCUGCAAUUGCGUUAAGGAAUGGUUUUUGCUUUUUCUAGCUAGCUUGCCAAAUUGUUAUUCGAUCCCUUGAUAUACAUAUAUGGUAACUGCAUUAACAGUAGGUUUUGAUUAGUGAAUGCAUCGUAUCGGUGCAGAUCAUUUGGCCGAAUACAGUAUAUAGCUGUGU